UUCGAUUUUCAGGAUUUUUUUUGUCAUUUUGUCUGUCAUAGUUGAAGUGUACCUAUGAUGAAAAUUACAGGCCUCCCACACAAUAUUACAUCCCAUUGGGGGGUGGAACCUCUGAUCCCCUGAGUGACAGCCAUUCAGAGUGAUUGUAGAUCGUCUUCAGUCUGACCCUCAUGCCCAGCUGGUGUACCUGAAAGAUAUAUUUUUAUUCCAUAGAUAGUGUGGACAUCGCUGAGCCUACCUUGUGUCAUGCUAUUUCCGUGAUACAUUUCAAAACCCUUUUUUUUCUGCCUGACUCAUUGUUCGGUUAUGAGGGAACAAACUCACAGUCAAUUAUAUUUCUCCCAAUGCUUUUAAUUAAUGUCUUCAGUAUAACUCUGUAGGAUCUCACCUCUUCUCAGUAGUCUCAGUACAAGGAGCAAGCUUGAGAAAUGUCAAGCCUGUAAGUUAAUCACCAUGUUAGACCUUAAUACAAAUCCCAUAAAUGUCUAUUUGGCAUCUUCACUCAGUUGAGGUACCCAUUUAUUUCAAUAUCAUGAGUCUUGUAAGCUUUUACUAGAAUUUGUAUAUUUUGGAUCUGGUUGGGAGGCAGACAGCUCCACCUCCACCUCAUGUUAUAGCCUAUUAUUUAGAAUUUCCAUCAUUCAUAGAAGGGAUCAUCCACUAUAUUAAGUCGGGGGUCCGUUUUUUUCUUGAGCUGAUGGUCGGGGGGCAGGAACAUAAUUAUAAAUCAUUUUUAGACUGCAAAUUGACACCAAGAAGCCCAAACAGAUACAAUAUUUGACUAAAGCAAUCAUUUCAAACCUUGCUUACGUCUGUGUAUAGUUACAUGUUUCUCUGUAUUACGCGUGGGAAUACUUGGGAACAGAUUUCCAACAUUUAAAUCACUUGGCGUUGGUUUCAUGGUGUUUUACAGUCUUAUGUCUAAUAAUAAAACUUGCAGGCCAAAUCUGGCCCGUUUACAGGUUGACUUGAUAAUGUUUGACUUCAGGUACAUAUUCCAUCGACUGUUCCCUGUACCAAAUAAACAAUAACCCGUUGUGUUAAUGCUGGUGUAGUUGGCUGAACACAAAUAUCCUUUAUUAUUGUAUAAUUUUGAAGCUAUAGCAGAUGAUUAUGACAGAAGACACAGGUAUAGCUAGCUAAAUGUGACAGGUAGAUCUACCCUCUUCUUCACAGUGUAUUUCUUACAUCCCUCCGCAACAGCCCGAGGCGGGGAAAGUGUGCCUUCACUUCCUGUGACUAUAUAUGGAGACCACCGGUAUAGCAUGAGUGAAGAAGAAAACAUCUCCGGGAAAAAUGAGAGCGUUUGUCUGUGAUCAAAUAAAAUAAAUUAACGUUUAUUGCGGCCGAUGACUAUCUACUAUCUUAAAGAGACAAACACCUAUUUUCCGUCGAUUUUGUUGUGCCAAAACAGGAACUCAGAGACGCAAGCAAAAACAUACGCACAUCGCAACUGUGAAUGAGAAAGCUACAGGUAGUGAAUGAGCAUGACGACGUUGCUGGACCUGAAGAGCAGUGUUCUGAGGCAGGUGCAGAGGAGCCAGUCUCUGAGGGGGAGGAGGGAGCCAUCAGCCUCAGCAGCCAGCAGCAUCCCCGUCACACACUGCCCUGACCAGUUACCUCACGGGCUGUCUGAGGGGAAUGGAGAGUUCUUUGUGCGUAUGAAUGGCAUCCUCCAGAAACAAGAGAAUCUGCUGCGUGCUGCCCAGGCGGAGUGCGAAGGGGAAGGUAACACAGCCGUACCACCAGCAGAGCACGUAGACCAGGCCUUCGUUCCAGAGAGGUCCAGCAGGAGAGAGCUGGACCUCCUGUAUGAAGAGGCUGUUUACACGGUAGUCAACAGGGUGGGCGUGCCCUCGCCAGAGUACGUCACCAAUGAAGGCGACAUCUUCAGUUAUCUGCUGAAGGUAUUUGAUAUGGGUCAGGAGGAACAUGACAUCAUUCUGCAGAGAGUCCAAGAAUCCAAGAGAGCCAGUUUCACCAUGAGAGUGUCUGUCAUGAAAGGGAAAAAUCUAAUGGCGAAGGAUGCAAAUGGGUACAGCGACCCCUAUUGCAUGCUGGGAAUCCUCCUGGGCCAGAGCCCCCGGGAGACAGAGGAGAAGAAGGAGAGGAAGUUCAGCUUCAGGAAGAGGAAGGAGAAGCUGGAGAAGAGGUCCAGUACCAAGGAGGUUCUAGCAGCCACGUGCAUCCAGGUGACUGAGGUCAAGCCAGAGACUCUCAACCCAGUCUGGAAUGAGCACUUUGUUUUUGACAUUGAUGAUGUCCACAGUGAUCUACUGCAUAUGGACAUAUGGGACCACGACGAUGACGUCUCUGUCGCAGAGGCCUGCAAAAAACUGAAUGAAGUCAGCGGACUUAGAGGAAUGGGCAGGUAUUUUAAGCAGAUUGCCAAAUCUGUGCGGUCCAAUGGAACGUCGUCAUCAGGAUCAUCUGAGGACAAUGCUGAUGACUUCCUGGGCUGCAUCAACAUUCCAGUGAAUGAGGUUCCUGUGAUGGGAUAUGACAAGUGGUUUAAGCUGGAGCCCCGGUCCAGUGCCUCCAAGGUCCAGGGAGAAUGUCACCUGAUUCUGAGGCUCUUCACUACCCAGAGAGACACUACACUGAGUAAGAGGGAAUCGAAAGAAGUCAUUCAUAAGAAGAUGCUGAGUCAGAUUCUGGAGUACGAGCACGCUCAUAUUCAGAAAGAGCCUUAUAACUGGAAUGGGCAGGUGAGUCCUCCAGCAUGGACUGUGCUGUCCCAUCAUGCUGUGCAAACUGACCUCUCGCCCCUGCAACAGGCCAUCAUUCGCUGGCAGUGCUAUAGCAGCCACCACCGGUCCCAGAGGAUGUGCUACACUCUGCUGCUGAGGCUCCUGAGGACCAUCGAUGCAGAGUGGGAUCCCCAAGCUGUGCAGGGAGACCUGGAGCGGCAGCUGUCGGACAGCUUCAGGCUGUACACGGACCACUGUCUGUGUCUGAUGAAGAGUAUGCGCCAGGUGUUCCCCUGCGCCAGUCCAGCCGCCGUCACACGCUGCGAGCUCAUGCUGAGGGGUGUAGGACACAUGCAGACCAUGCCGGCCUUCAAGACUGCGUGCCCCCUUCGAAAUGAACUGCAUUUGGAAAUUGCCACUGUUGUCAAGAAAGGUACAGUGGAGUGGUACGAGAGCACAAUUUCACAAUUCAAACCAGAGGAUGGGGCUCUAGAGGAGCAGCUGAGGAGACUGGUCCAGGUGGUGGAUGCAGUGUGUGCAGAUGUACAGAGGGGACAGAACGUCUACAACAAGCUCUUCUACAGUGCUGUGAAAGUGGAUUUCUUCAGCAUCGCAUAUAGACAGCUGGAGAAACUGGUCGCGGACGACGUGAGCGUUGCCAUGGAGAAGGUGUGUGGCACUCUGGAGCAGGAGAGCUCCAGGCUAACUCAGACCAUGGGAGAGACUCUGUUAGAGCUCUACAUGUCUCUGAAAAUACUCAAACGCUUCAGCGAGUUCCUCCCUCUCAGGGACGCUAAGAUGAUGGCCUUGACUGGCUAUCACAACUGGUUUAAGACGUCUAUCCACAAGUGGCUGCAGAUAGUCCAUGACAAGGCUUGUGACAGGAUCCGCAGAGCAGUAGACAUGGACCAGCUGGAGCCAGUACAGCAGGCCAAACACAGCUCCUCGGCGGUGGAUGUGACAGCGUGUUUCAGCCAGGUGCGGGAGUUCUGGAAACAGAUGUCCUGGCCAGACUCUGCAGGGGCCUUCAUCUUUGUCACCCGCCUGACAGACAAUUUCUGCAGCGAGGCCGUGUGUUACUCAGAGAUGAUAAAGCGCAAGAUUGAGAGGAGCCAGCAGGGUCGAGACAUCAAGAGCCUGACAGUGCAGCUGUGCAUCGCCCUGAACAACACAGAGCAUGUGCGUGUGUUCCUGGGCCACCUGCCUCGGGACCUGGACUGGCAGGGCGUGGAGCAGGCCAUGGAGGAGUCUUGCGGGGCAGAGGGGAAGGAGCAGGUCAACAAGGCCCUGAACGGACAGCUCUACAACGUGGAUGCGGACCUACAGAGGGAGGCCAAGCGCCUCAUCACCCACCUCACAGACAAGAUGCUUUCAGAGCUGAAGAGGUACCUCCAACACAUCAGCCUGUCCCCUGACUCCAUCAACAACGAUGAUGCCGUGUCCCCCCUCAUGAAGUACUUACGUGACACUUUAGUCAUCCUCAGCGAGUCUCUGGUGAAGGAGAAUCUGGCUAGAGUUCUCCUCGGCAUGUGGGAGCUGCUCCUCAGAAUGAUCCUAGAUACGGUGGCGGAGAACAUGGGAGUCCAGGUGGAGUUCUACAACCGCUUCCAGUACACUGUGGAGGCCCUGGUGCAGUUCUUCUGUGCUGAUGGAAAGGGACUUGCCAUAGAAGAUCUGAAGAACCAUGUCGACUACAAGGCUCUUGACGAGGAGCUGAGGCUGAACAAGUGUUCGUCCUUUGAGCUGAUCGAGCAGUACUUCCUGGAGAAGAUCUCUCAGCAGAGAACACUGAAGCACACCCGCUUUGGCCGCGUCAGUGUGAAGUGUUACUAUGAUGCUUCUGAGCAGAGGCUCACGGUGGAGAUCCUGCAUGCCGCCGAUCUCAUUGCCUUGGACGCCAAUGGGCUGAGUGACCCCUUUGUCAUCGUGGAGCUCUGUCCCCACCACCUCUUCCCCAUGGCCAAGAGCCAGCGCACCCAAGUAAAGCUCAAGACCCUGCACCCAGUAUUUGAUGAGCUCUUCAAUUUCCAUGUCAGCCCAGAGCAGUACAGGCACAGGUUUGCCUGUCUGACUUUUACUGUGAUGGACUAUGAUUGGCUGUCCACCAACGAUUUUGCCGGGGAGGCCUUGGCCCCGCUCAGUGACUUCUGUUGGCCAGGGAGACCCAAUGCCUCAGCGGCCGGAAAGACCAUCCAGCCGACCAUUCUGCACCUGGCCCGGAACAAACCCAGCGGAAUUGACCCCAACCCUGGAAGGACAGUCCACCGGAUAGACUUCAGUACAAAACACCACCCCUCUACUCCUCACUGAGAGGGAACGGGUCCCCAGGGAGGAGAGCCUGUUAAGUCUGGGAAAGAGAAGCCAAUCAUGAGGAUUUUGGAUGCACGGACGGGAGACGCAGAGGCUCAGGAGUUUGUGAGGAAGCUAAAGGAGAUUGAGAAAUCCAUGGAAGAGGAGUGAAGCUGUCAGCACUGGUCUGGUAUAUUGGUGUAUUCUGACUACGUCUUUGCCACAUGUGCUUUUGUACUUGUCGUACUACCCGUAUGUUUACAAUGUUUACAGUUUUCAAAUCCUCUUGUACGUGCACUGAAAAUGUCAUGCCGAACAAAACACAGUGAGGCAUGACUUUUUAAAUUGGAAUACGAAUGUCCUGUCUCUCUGCUGUAUUUUUAUGCCUCAAAUCAAAUGCUAUUUGUCACAUGCGCCGAAUACAACAGGUGUAGACUUUACCGUGAAGUGCUUACUUACAAGCCCUUUCCCAACAUUGUGGAGUUAAAGUGUCAGAAAUAUCCAAGGGUCCUAUCUGAGAAAUCUGAGGAACAGCUUAUCCUACAGUGAAUAUUUUGUUUUCUAAAGAGCUCAUUGAAUGUUAUCUUUGUCAUAUUAUCUCUGUUAUAUUAUCUUUGUUGUAUUACAUCGCUAAUGUUUAACUGAAUCAAAAACUAAUUUGCAACUGAUAUGUAUUCAGUCGAAUCAUGUGGGUGGAUCAAUCGUUGAAAACAAAUAUACUCAACUACCGUUUCUGAGUGGCGAAGUAGCACAAGGAUGUAACACUGCAAGGAAAAGCCAUCUGUAGCCAGGUUUUGUAAGUCAUCAGAAGGAGUAGUGUCACGUAUGGCUGCAUUUACACAGGCGGCCCAAUUCUGAAAUGUUUCAGAACUUUUCACGCCAGCUCUUUUUCAGAGCUGAUCUGAUUAGUCGAAAGAACAAUAAGUUAGGGAAAAGAGAUCACAAUUUGGCUGCCUGUGUAAACGCAGCCUAUGUGACGCCAUCUGUGCUCAUUGAUGAUUGGAUGUUUAUAUCUCUUCAGAUUAUGAACCAUAUCCCCGAAGAAAAGAGUGUUAAGUCCUCUAUUUGUUAUAUUGUAAAUGUGAACUACUUGUCCUUGGAUUGUAAUGGAUUGUGCUGCUGUUCAUUGUACCAUUCAAAUGAAAAUGUCUAUUAAUAAAGAUUGUAUUUGAAUAUGAUU